GAGCCGCCAUCUUGGUUAACAAGCGCAGAGCAAAGCAUAGAUGGAGGAUGGCUUGAAGACCAACAAAAAGAAAGUAUAUUGACACUUUUGACCAAUAUGCAAGAGAAAGAUAUAUCAACAAAAUCACUGCUAUCGAGACCAACCCAUAAGAGACAGAUAAAGGAGACAUGUCAAACGACGUGGACAAGCUAACUCCGGUCUCAUAUUUUGACUCGGUUCAUGAAGACUGCAUACACCUUGGAGGAACUUCGCUGUCUGAAAUCUUUGGACGCAUAAAAUCGGCUUUGUAAAGGACGUACGAAUUCUUCACGUCAAUAACAAGGUUCUGGUGACCGGCAGACGUCCUGGCAUGCCGUCUGGAGCGAGGAUGCCCCACCAAGGAGCCCCCAUGGGGCCUCCUGGCCCCCCGUAUGGAGGGAGUCCGGCAGUGCGGCCUGGCCUGCCCUCCCCGGUGAUGGAGCCGAGUCGUAAGCGGCCUGCCCCGUCCCAGCAGGUCCAGCAGCAGCAACAGCAGCAGCAACAGCAGCAGCAGCAGCAGGCCGUGCAGAACCGCGCCAGAAAGAAGCCAGUUGGAUUUCCCGGAGCCAGCGAGAUGCCGGCGAGGCAGAUGGACAUGAGAGAGCCCCAAUCAGAUCCCACGCUUGGAUCAAAUGCUAAGAGAAGGAAAAUGGCAGACAAGAUUCUUCCGCAAAGGAUCCGGGAACUGGUACCUGAAUCUCAGGCCUACAUGGAUCUACUGGCUUUCGAGCGCAAACUGGACCAAACCAUUAUGCGUAAACGUGUCGACAUCCAGGAAGCUCUGAAGAGACCAAUGAAGCAGCAAAAGCGUAAACUAAGGCUCUAUAUUUCCAAUACGUUCAACCCAGCUCGACCUGACGCUGAUGACUCGGAUGGCAGCAUUGCGUCAUGGGAGCUGAGGGUAGAGGGAAAGCUGCUGGAUGAUCCGGGGAAGCAGAAGAAGAAGUUUUCUUCCUUUUUUAAGAGCUUGGUGAUCGAGCUGGACAAAGAGCUGUACGGUCCGGACAACCACCUGGUUGAGUGGCACCGCACACCCACCACUCAGGAGACAGACGGCUUCCAGGUGAAGAGACCGGGAGAUGUGAGCGUGCGCUGUACCCUGCUGCUGAUGCUGGACUACCAGCCUCCCCAGUUUAAGCUGGACCUGCGCCUGGCGCGCCUGCUGGGCAUCCACACUCAGACUCGCUCCUGCAUCAUUCAGGCCCUCUGGCAGUACGUGAAGACCAACAAGCUGCAGGACUCGCAUGAUAAAGAGUACAUCAACUGUGACAAGUACUUCCAACAGAUUUUCGACUGUCCUCGCCUUAAGUUCUCUGAGAUUCCUCAGCGCCUCACUAACCUCCUGCUACCGCCCGACCCCAUCGUCAUCAACCAUGUCAUCAGCGUUGACCCCAACGACCAGAAGAAGACGGCCUGCUACGACAUUGACGUGGAGGUGGAAGACCCCCUCAAGAGCCAGAUGAGCAGCUUCCUCCUCUCCACCGCCAACCAGCAGGAAAUCGCCUCCCUCGACAACAAGAUCCAUGAGACCAUCGAGUCCAUCAACCAGCUGAAGAUCCAACGGGACUUUAUGCUCAGCUUCUCCAGAGAUCCCAAAGGCUACAUCCAAGACUGGCUCAAGUCCCAAAGCCGAGACCUCAAGUUGAUGACCGAUGUGGUGGGGAACCCUGAGGAGGAGCGGAGGGCAGCAUUUUACCACGAACCCUGGUCUCAGGAGGCGGUCAGCCGCUACUUCUACUGCAAGAUCCAGCAGAGGAGACAGGAGCUGGAACAGGCCUUAGCAGUUCGCAACACCUAAAGCAGAAGGUCCUCCUGAAGUUCUGCCUCUGGAUUUUUAAGCUCUGUGUGCGUGUGUGUGUGUGUGUGCGCGCGUGUGCAUGUGUGUGUGUUUGGAUUUUUGUGAGUGUGUGUGUGAGGCCAGCAGUGAAGUCUAGAUCUUCAGCUGAACCUAGAGAAGUCCACAUUCAGUUUGUCAACAGUUUUGAAGCUAAAUAGGACUCAACAGCGGUUUGUCAGACCCAGAUAUGAAUGCACUUCCUGUUUGAAAAGACCAUGAAGUAAUCAUCGUUAGCAGCACUGUUGGCCCUCAGAGGCUCGGCUUUGUAAAUAUGUCCCGCAAAAACUGUCGACCAGCUGCUCACACACCUCCAUCUUUGUGCUCUGGAUGAGUCUAACCACGCACAUUUUUUUUAUUUGUCCUCAUUUGAAUCCUAUUUUUUUAAGGGUUAAUUAAUAACACCAGCAAAAUAUGAGAUUACAGUUUUCUGGGUGGCUGCAGAUUAUAAAACAUGACGUGUUGGUUGCAUUCAUCGUUUCUCUACCAUGUUUAGUUUGCUUAAAAAAAGAGACUGAAAAGCUAAAGUAUUACCAUGCCAUCAGCAGUUUGACAGAAGUUUACAUACACUCAUCACUGCCAUAAGUAUUAUAUUAACUUUGUUCCAUGAAUAGUUUUUAUGUUCAAUUCUCCUUGGUGAACUAAUUGUUUAACAACUUUAACUUUUAAAAACCAAGAUUUGGGAACUUUCAAGUUAAUAAAAUUGUAUCUAAUUCACAUGAGGGCAAAACAACACAUACAUGCUCUUAUAUAAGCAUACAAACCUCUGAACAUCAUCAAUAAGUUUAUUAAAUUUUUCUGGCUAAAUAUUUAACAAGUUUUCUUGGCAAAAUGCACACAAUUGGGUAUUUUGGUCCAGCACAGGACCAUGAUUCCAAACACACUUUAAAACUAAGGCUGGGAUUUUAAUUUUGGUUAAUUAAUUACUUUGAUUUUAAAAUGUUAACACAAUUAUUAGUUUUUUUUUUUAAUUAUUUUACACUUUGUUCCCAUGGGAACCUUUGUAUUUGUGCGUUUCUGGUAUGCCCGUAAAUCCAACAUCAUCUGCAAACAUCAGCGAUGGGUGAUGAUGCUGCUCUUGACCUACUGGGAGUUCAUUUUUGCUUCAAAAAUAAUCUAAUAUAAUGCUGGAAAAGAUUAUUGUGUCAAAGUUGUGCUAAAACUAACUAGCCUAUCAGCAAAACUAUUCAAUCCUAAACUACCAUCUCAAUACGUUACAACAGGACAUUCUUCCCCAAUGUCAAUAUUGGCGUCCACAUUUUCAAAGAAGCAUUUUUUUUCCUUAAAUUACAUAAAUAAGGGAUUCCUGACGCACUUAAAAGUAUGGUAUGGGUGUAAUAUCACUUUGCACCAAUCUGAUGGUUGAAUAACCUAAAUAACAGACUAAAAAUAAUAAAUAUAUUUGUUGUUGAGCUCAUGGCUAUUUAUUCAAUAAUUUAGCAACAAUUUAGCUUUUAAUCAAAAUGAGAUUAAUUACAGUAUCUAGAAUUAACAUCGAGUCACACAGCUUGUCAAAAUUGGUUUAGGAAGCGCUACCUAGCCUGAUGCUAGCAGGCUAACGUCAAUCUUCUGAAUGAGCACCCGAAAUGUUUUGUAGACUGCUCUUAUAUUUGAACUGGUACCAGUUCCGAAACCAAAUUCAGAACCAAUUCAGCCAAGAAGAGUGGUAAAAUAGAGCCAGAACUACUGUAUAUGAAAUGCUUCCUGAUGCUACCGGAAGCUUCGUUUGAGGUACAACAUGCUAAGAGACGUAAACAUAUUUUUGUGGGUUUGUAUGUAUAGAUUUGAGCCUUUUCCUUAUUAAUUAUUCGUUUUAAGAAACCUAAAAUUAGCAUCAUGAUGAAUGUUUAUAAACUUCUGACCAAAACAGUCGCUGCAUUUUAAUGAAGGAAAACAAGUUGUGACGAUCGUAUUGGGUUUUUUUUUUCCUUUAAACACGUCACUGCGGUGGAAAUAAUCCCUUUUGUGUGUUUGUAAGAUCAGUGUUUUGAAGGUUAUACCAAAGGAUGCAAUAAAAAGAAGCAGAGAACAAAAGAAACUGGGCAAAAACACAAAUCUGUGUUUUAAAAAAAUAUUAAUAACUGAGCAGUAUUAGCAGUUAAGUCCAGGUCUGUUGCAUUUUACAUUUUCUAUGUUAUACAUGCACAGAGAAGGGGGAAAAAAAGAAUGAUGAAGGGUAUUUCGGUGGAGAUUUGAAUGUAAAUAUGUUUUGGUGUCCAGCUGUACAGUCCACAUCUGUUUGGAUUACAUGUUGCAGUAUGGGAGCUCCAUUGGUUUUUAAUUAUUCCCACUUUGGGGGUCGAUUUAUUUUAGUGUCUUACCGUGGGAGCUGCAACAAAAAUCAGUCUCAGUAGCUGCAACAGAAUAUAAUCUGCACCAAUCUCAUUUUACACGUUUUUUAAUGACUUGUAUGUAUAUGUUGUACUGUCGAUUAGAUUAUUUGUUUUUGGAUGGGAGGGAGGGUUACUUUGCACUGUGCUGUAAACUCUUUGUCGGGACUCUCUUUAUUGUGGGUGAGACCCUCUUUAUUAUCCCAGCGUACACAAAAAUCGACCUAUGCAUGCUCCAUGAACAUGGAUCAAUACAUCUGAUGAGGCAGUCCGUGUAAAUAUGAAAAGGUCUGCAUAGAUGUGUACGUAGCCAAGGCAGGACUCGGCAAGUUUGCUGACAGCGCCUUCUGAAAAUUGUUUGUUUUUUGCCAAAAAAGAAAAAAAAAAAAUAACUUGUCCUACCAGCAACUAACUAACUGUAGGUGUGAGCUGUGUGUUUUCAUUACUGGGACUAAGUUAUAUUCACUGCACUCUGUAGGUAGCUGUAGCUAGGAAAUCAGUCCCGUGUCUCACCUGGAGUGUUUCUUUUUCUUCUUCUUUUUUUAAAUUUUAUUCAUAGCAUGUCCAGGACGUUUAUAAUGUUGUCACUGAAUCACUAACCCCCUCUUGUGGAGGACACCUAGAGCUGCAACUCCUCUGCAUCAGAAUCAUCACUACUGUAUUAAGUCUGUCACCGAUCCCUGUCCAUACUGUUGCAUGUGGGUCUGAGGAGUGGGAGCUACUCUCUCUUUGUUUACACUGAGGGUCACCGACAGGAGGUUAAUAAUAAAUAAUAAUGCUGUAUAUCUAAAGGGUUUCAUGAUCAUGUUCUGUAAAGAAAAAGGGGAAUACAGCUGUAACAUUGUGAGACAGCCUGGAUGUAAAUAAAGAAGCGCUUGCCAAAGUUUGUAAAUGCCA